UCGCCUCCUUACUGCUCCCACCGGUCACGCAGCCACAAAUCUCCUUGAGCCACUGCUGCAGCUAGCUUGAGCCUGCUGCGAACCCACCAACGCGCAGGCACUGCUGCAGCUAGCUUGAGCCUCCACCGUAGUCUCUGCGAUCCCAAGCACAGGCCCUGCUAGCUGCCAUGGCCACCACCCAUGCUGGGGCUUUGCUGCUGUUCCCCCUCGUGUGCCUCCUGGUUCGCGGCGGCGCUGGCGUCUCCACCGGGACACCGGACGGGGCAGAAAGAUGGGGCUACGCCAAAGUCCGGCCAAAGACAAACAUUUUCUGGUGGUACUACAGGAGCCCGCAGCGGGCGUCGUCGGUCGACAAGACAUGGCCGACCAUCCUCUGGCUGCAGGGCGGCCCGGGAGGUUCCGGCGUUGGACGCGGUAACUUCCAGGAGAUCGGGCCUCUGGACGUCAACCUGAAGCCGCGCAAGUACACCUGGCUGCACAAGGCCGACCUCAUCUUUGUGGACAGCCCAGUAGGCGUCGGCUACAGCUACUCGGAGGACCCGGCUGCCCUGGUGACGACGGACCUUCAGGCGACCGAGGACAUCGUCCAGCUCCUCAGGGCGCUCACCAGGAAGAUACGGACUCUGCGGCGCAGCCCGUUGUUCCUCGUCGGCGAGUCCUACGGCGGCAAGCAUGCCGCCAUGGUCGGCACGGCCAUCGCGAGGGCCAUCCAUGCCCGCACCAUCAACCUCACGCUCGGAGGCGUCGUGCUUGGGGAUAGCUGGAUCUCGCCCACCGAUUUCGCGGUGAGCAUACAAAUCGAUUCUUGUUUUUAUUACAUGCACGUCUCAGUAAUCGUUGCAGUUACUUGCACCCAUGUAUGCACGUACUGUUGUCUGCAGCUCUCGUACGCGACGCUGCUGUACUACGUGUCGAGGCUCAACGACAACGCCGUCGACGAUACCAACAAAAUGGCUCUUCUGUUGAAGGAGCAGAUGCAGGCGGGGAAGUUCGCCACAGCGCGCCAGACAUUUACAGAUCUUCUCGAUCUGAUCGACUCCAAGAGUGACAGCGUGGCCAUCGACAAUUUCUUGCUUGACACCGGCAUGGACCCGGUGCUGGCAGCCGACUUAGGCUUGUCAUCUCUGAGAAGCACCCACAUAAUGCCCGUCUGCAGCCAAGCGUCUGGGUCGGACCCCAACACGAUCGAGGGCAUCAUGAAUGGUGUUAUCAAGAAAAAGCUCAAGAUCAUCCCCGAGGACCUCAUCUGGCAACAGGCUUCGCUUGACGUAUAUGAAGCUCUGGUCAACGACUUCAUGAAGCCAGCAAUUAAUGAGGUCGAUGAACUUCUAUCCUAUGGAGUGAACGUCACCGUGUACAAUGGACAGCUUGAUGUGAUCUGCUCGACCGUUGGUGCAGAAGGAUGGGUUCGCAGGCUAAAAUGGGAUGGUCUGAGGAAUUUCUUGAGCCUUCCCAGGCAAACAUUGACUUACUGUGACUCAGUUAUACACUGUUCAAAAGGAAUCAAGGCCUUUUUUAGGUCAUACAGGAGCCUGCAAUUUUACUGGAUUCUGGAAGCUGGGCACAUGGUGCCUAUUGACCAGCCCUAUGGUGCGUUUAGAAUGAUCGCCAGCAUCACCCAGUACCAGCCUCCAGGAAUCUAGAGGAUCUUUAUAGUGAUUUAUGAUACUAGAUACUUAAUGAGUGUCAUUAAUCUAAUCUGAUCGUCCAUUUAAAAUUGUACUUUUGUUAUUAACAUGUUGUUUGUGAAUUUUUCUGCCACAUCCUUAAGGCUAAUUACAUCUUUACCCGUUGGCCAUUCUG